AAGGCGGCAGUCAGCUGACGGUUCCUGCACCGCGGCUGGUUGACAUCGCCGGGUGUGCGGACAGCAGGAGACUCGGAACGAGGGGAGUUCUAUAGAAAUCCUGCCAAAGAAGAUGAAGACAAACAGAGAAAGAUUCUGCAACAGAGAGAGGGAAUUUGUGUAUGAAUUCAAAGUGGGAAGUCAGUGCUUAGAACUGAGGGUGCCUCUCAAGUUUCCCGUUCAAGAGAAUGCCAGUCAUUUACACGGCCGUCGGACGCUGCUGCACAGUUUACCGGGCUUUAUAGACAAAGACUUAAAAGAAGCUCUGAGCCAGUUUAUCGAAGAAGAAUCCCUCAAAGAUUAUGACAGAGAUGCUGAAGCAGCCCUGGAAGCUGUGAAGUCAGGUGAAGUAGAUUUACAUCGGCUGGCAAGUACAUGGGCCAAAGCUUAUGCGGAGACCACAUUAGAGCAUGCAAGGCCCGAGGAGCCCAGCUGGGAUGAAGAUUUUGCAGAUGUGUACCAUGACCUAAUCCAUUCUCCUGCCUCUGAAACUCUCCUAAAUUUGGAACACAAUUACUUUGUUAGUAUCUCAGAACUGAUUGGCGAAAGAGAUGUGGAGCUGAAAAAAUUACGAGAGAGACAAGGCAUUGAAAUGGAAAAAGUGAUGCAGGAACUGGGAAAAUCACUGACAGAUCAAGAUGUAAAUUCACUGGCUGCUCAGCAUUUCGAAUCCCAGCAGGACUUGGAAAAUAAAUGGUCCAAUGAAUUAAAGCAGUCGACUGCCAUUCAAAAGCAAGAGUAUCAGGAAUGGGUGAUGAAACUUCAUCAAGACCUAAAAAACCCCAAAAACAGCUCUCUCAGUGAGGAAAUUAAAGUUCAACCAAGUCAGCUCAGAGAAUCUGCUGAAGCAAAUGGAAGGAUGUAUGAGGAACAGAGAAAGUUAGAAGAAAGUUUUACCAUUCACUUAGGAGCCCAGCUGAAGACCAUGCAUAACCUGAGGUUGCUGAGAGCAGAUAUGCUGGAUUUCUGUAAGCACAAGAGGAGCCAGCGAAGCGGUGUGAAGCUCCACCGACUCCAGACAGCGUUGUCGCUUUACUCCACCUCCCUCUGUGGCCUGGUGUUGCUCGUGGAUAACCGAAUCAAUUCAUAUAGUGGUAUUAAAAGAGAUUUCGCCACAGUUUGCCAAGAAUGCACUGACUUUCAUUUUCCCCGAAUUGAAGAGCAGCUGGAGGUUGUCCAGCAGGUGGUACUGUAUGCCAGAACCCAGCGCAGGAGCAAGCUGAAAGAAUCACACGAUUCUGGAAACCGAAAUGGAGGAAGUGAUGAUAAGACUAAGAAUGCAGAUAGAAACUAUUUAAAUAUUUUACCUGGAGAAUUUUACAUUACUCGGCAUUCUAAUCUCUCAGAAAUACAUGUUGCUUUCCAUCUUUGCGUGGACGACAACGUGAAAUCGGGAAACAUCACUGCUCGGGACCCUGCCAUUAUGGGUCUCCGAAACAUACUCAAGGUUUGCUGCACCCAUGACAUCACAACAAUAAGUAUUCCUCUCCUGCUGGUGCAUGAUAUGUCAGAGCAUAUAAUACACAUAAAGAAAAGCACACGCAAAUAUACAGCUCACAUUUUCGCCAACUGAACACCAACAUCACCAACGCCCAGAUGAUGAAACGGAACGCCACCAGCCAGCACCCCAGCGUCGCCCCGUGCUCCCUUCCCAUCGCUUAACCCACAUUCCCUCCCUCCACAAGGGUAGCCACUGUUUUCACUUUGAAAAGCAUAGGUUAGUUAGGUGUGUUUUUGUAAUUUUUGUGGGUGGAAUCCUAGUGUACACACUCCUGUAUCUGGCUUCUUUCACUCAGUGUCGUGUGUGUGAAAUGUAUCCAUAGUACUGUUUGUGGUUGUAGAUUGCUCAUUUCUCAUUGUUACGUAGCGUUCCGUUGCAUGACUGGACCACGGUUGUUUAGUCGUUCUACUGUUGUGGACAUUCGGGUGGUUUCCAGGUUUUGAUUAUUGCGACGAAUGUUGCUGUGAACAUUCUAGAACAUAUGUUUUGGCGUUUCUGUUGGAUACAUACUUAGGGAUGGAAUUGGUAGACGGUAGGCCAGGCACCUGUUUAGCUUUGGUAGAUCCAGUCAAAUGGUUUCCCAAAGCGAUUGUUGAAUGUAAAAAAUGAGAAAGCCAGACUGCUGUUUCUCACCUUCUGAUGAUGCUUUUAUGAAACCGAUUAAUAUGAGUGUUUCAGGAACCGCCGAGGCGCAAGCUUGAGGUAAAGGAUAGUCUUGCAAUUUCCCUCGGGGGUGCCUAAACCCAGGAAGUAAUUCUUAUAUCUACCCUCUAAGACACACAGUGAAGACCUAAAAGUAUAUACCAGUUAAUCACCUCUGCAGUUCAGCCUUACUGUAAUUGGAAGAUUCAGGUUGGGUAGGGUAGUCAAAGUGCGGCCACUGAUUUUAGAUACGAGAUAUUGUCUGCAAUCAUAAUUAGAACUGGCAUCCUCAUUUCAAUUGCACAGGUUUAGAAUUCACUCUGUGUGUGCCGUGCCCACUUAUCAUCUAAAGUAUAGCCGCCGGGCCCAGUUUCCUGCCUCAUUGCCAAAGUCUGAAGUGUUUCACAUGAUCCGUUCAGCUUCUUCAAUGGAUUUCUUUCACAUGUGCUCUCACAGAUGUGACGCUAAGAUUUAGUCACUUGGCUGUUAGUUAGAACUCAAGAUCAAAAGCGCUCUGUGCUUACCUGACCCACUGUGUUGUAGACGCCGCCUACUGUAUAAUAUAUACUAAGGGUCACUUCCAGAAGAGAGCUCCUUACGGGACUACAGGCUACAUCCCACGAUGACACCCAGUAAAUCAUGUCUUCUUGUGACCUUGUUGACUUCUAAAGCUUGCGGUUUAGAGUCCUCAAAGGCAUUCUUUUUAGGUGCUGGUUUCGAUCGGAGAACAAGUGACAGGGGUGCUUGGGAUGGAGCCUCUGUGUGGGCACAUGGGGAUUUUAAGAACCACCUGGGUGUGUAUCUGUGCAGGUGCCUUCAGCUUUCUAGUUUCCUUUCUGACCCACCUGCUGCUAAGCAGCGCUAAGCGAAAGUAAACAGAAUGUGAGUGUUCAUAUCAUCUGAAAAUUAAAUUGUCUGUCACUUCGAAGGUAUCCUUGGAUCCUGCCCGGAGCUGGUAUUUUGGUGUGUUCUCUGUAUAGCACUGAUGAAACUUUGUGUUAAUUCACAUCAUUCUGAAGAGUUCGUAUUAAUUUGGCUCACAGAUGUUGGCUCUAGACCACGCUAUUAACCACACGUACCAAAAGCAAGAAAGCAAGCUAUUGAGGGAUACAAGGGGAUGAUCUUUGGAGACGUGGGGCAGUGAAGGGACUUGAUUUUUUCCAUCUACUUUUGGUCAAACCCCUAGAACUAUCCCUGUUCCAACUUGUGCUUCAGCCUUUCGUCAUUUCCGUCAUGAUCCUGACUUUAAUACAGUGGGAGCAUAUGUAUUCUGUACGUUGGUGCUGAAGGCUGGCCCUUCGGAAGCUCUGUGCUCACACUGCACGAUGGUUGUCCUCGUGUAAGUAGUGCUUAGCCUUGGCCUUAGCCUGAGAUGUUUCAAAGGCUAGUCGUAGAUGACAUUAAAUUACAGAUAAGACAAGCUACUGUCAGAUAAUGCCUUUUAUACGUAAAAACAAGUGCUUUAUUAUAAUAGCAUGAAUAGUAUUAAUUCCUUGAUUCUGAUUAUUUCCGUGGUAUUUCGAAAAAACUGUUAUGUUUUAGAGUAGCAUUUUAAGGUGAUGCAAAUACUCAAUUAUACUUUAGCAUUUAUUCCCACAUAUGAUCCUUCAAUAAAAUGUUUAAUGCAAGUGAAGGGUAAGUAAAUAAAACACCACUAAUGAAAACCAGCAGAAACAAUGAAACCUAAGAACAGAUACACAAAGACUUUUGAGGCACUGGAAUUGUGAGACAUGGACCAUAAAAUAGUUGAUUACUGUGUUUAAAGAACUUGAAGAUGAGCUUAAAAUGUCUUCAAGUAAAAAGAUGCUGUGAAAAACAACCUAGCAACAACAAAACUGAGUUUUUAGUUACUGAAAGAAAUUUAAAAGACCUAAAUAAAUAGAUAUACUGUGUUCGUUGGUUGGAAGACUCAGUACUGUUAUCUGUUCUCUUCAAACUGAUCUAUAGAUUUAAAUCCCAAUCAAAAUCCUUAUAAGGUGAUUUUGGAGAUAAAGCUAAUUCUAAAAUUUAUAUGAAAUACAAAGGACCUAAAACAGUCAAAACAAUUUUGAAAAAGAACAAAGUUGGGGAACUUACAGCAAUUGAUUUCAAGACUUACAAGCUUAGCAAGCUACAAUAACCAGUACAGUGUGACAUUGGCAAAAGAAUAGACUGUGGAUCAAAGGAACAGAAUAAAGAAUCCAGAAAUAAAUCCAUGCAUAUAUGGUCAUUUGAUUUACAGCAGAGAUGCCAAGGCAGUUCAGUGGGAGAAAGUGUAGUGUUUCCAACCAGUGGUGUUGGAAAAAUUGGGUAUUUAUACAGGAAAAAAAAAAAAAAACCAACUUGAGCUUUACCUCACAAUCAUACCUAAAAAUUAACUUAAGGGCUUCCCUGGUGGCGCAGUGGUUGAGAGUCCGCCCGCCGAUGCAGGGGACGCGGGUUCGUGCCCCGGUCCGGGAAGAUCCCACGUGCCUCGGAGCGGCUGGGCCCGUGAGCCAUGGCCGCUGAGCCUGCGCGCCCGGAGCCUGUGCUCCGCAACGGGAGAGGCCACAACAGGGAGAGGCCCGCGUACCACACAAAAAUAAAUAAUUAACUUAAAAUGGAUCAUAGACCUAAGCCAAAAAAGCUAAUAGUAUAAAACCUCUAGAGGAAAACACAAAAGAAAAUCCUGGUAUCAGAUUAAGCAGAGAUUUGUUAAGACACCAAAAAAACAUAAACCAUGAAAGAAAAGCUUAAUAAAUUGUACUUCAUUAAAAUUUAAAACCUUUUCUCAUCAAAAGAUACUGUUAAGAAAAUGAAAAAAUGCAGGUCUCAGACUGUCACAUGACCUUGAGUGGUUCACUCUACCUUUCUCAGUGUCCUUUUUAGUUUAUAAAAGUUGUUUUUUGUGAGAUACAAAUUAUGUAUAUUGUAAAGCUCCAUGUAAAUGUAAGACAUUAUUAUUGUAGUUUUCAGAGCUAUCAGCGUUUCCUCUUAGCCGCAGGUAGGUAUUUCUUAGUCACCUUGCUCCCUCUGUACAUUUUUUUUAAUUAGGCAGAAAUAAGCGAAAAGACAAAAACUUGUCACUCCAUGCCUGUGUGUACUCCCGUAAGGCACCGUGGCUCUCUUGUAACAGCCUUGGCAGUUACAAGGAAAUAUUCUUCCUGAACUUUGAAGCUAGGACGUAUUAUAAACUUAAUUUAAACAUCAGGCAAUUCUACUAGUCAUUUUUAUAAGCUUCCAGAGUCUUGGAAAAGAAGAUUCUUUACUUUUUAGCCCUUUUGGCAACUAGACCCCUUUUAUUUAUCAAUCUUAAAAGUAUCUUGGACACAAAAAAGUAGUUUCCUGGGAAUUCCCUGCAGUUCAGUGGUUAGGACUCUGCACUUUCACUGCUGAGGGCCUGGGUUCAAUCCCUGGUCGGGGAAGUAAGAUCCCACAUGCCGUGAGGCACAGCCAAAAAGAAAAAGAAAAAAAAGUAGUUUCCUCUCAAAGCCUAAUUCUAGCUACAGAGAAAGUCACUUUCUUUUUAAAUUUCACUGGAUAAUAAAUGAUUCACUCACUCAACCUGUAUGUUUGAGCAUCUGUAUGCUCAGUAUUGCAGGAGGCAUCAUCAUAAAGGUAAUAAAGGUAAAUAAAAAGUGGUUCCUGCCCUUAGAGAGCACACACCUUAAUAAAGAAGGCAUAGGGCUUCCCUGGUGGUGCAGUGGUUGAGAGUCCGCCUGCCGAUGCAGGGGACGCGGGUUCGUGCCCCGGUCCGGGAAGAUCCCACAUGCCGCGGAGCGGCUGGGCCCGUGAGCCAUGGCCGCUGAGCCUGCGCGUCCGGAGCCUGUGCUCCGCGACGGGCGAGGCCACAACAGGGAGAGGCCCGCGUACCGCAAAAAAAAACAAAAAAAAAGACAUAGAUCCCAUCUCCUUACCUAUUCCUCUACCACCGCCCCCCACCCCACCCCCAAAAAAAGACAGUAAAUGUGAUCAUGGAGAUAAAACAAAAACAAAGUACUUUGGGAGUUCAGAGACACCAUUUGUAGCUGGGGAACUAAGAAGUACUUCAUGAAGGAGAGGACGGUUAGGGAGGGAAGAGCAGGUUUUAACAGAUGGGAAGAAUGGGGAGGGCAUUCUAGGCAGAAGAAAUGGCUUGAGGAAAAUGGGAGGAGUGGGUGACAGGAUUGCAGAUCAUGUUCAGGCAAAGGCGGACAGGCAGCCUGGAGUGAAACCUCACUUUUUAAAUUUAAAAGUCAUAGAAGCUGAGAUAGUUUGGGUCCUAAGGUGAUUAGCCUUAAAUACUAAAGAAAGUCUUAGAUGUUAUUCAUGCAGCAGUAGGAAGCAAUUGCAACUUACUAAACAGGAGUGUAAUGUGAUCAGAAAGGCAUUUCAGAUAAAUCAGCCAUAUCCAUUCGAAGGGGAAAUUCUGGGGUCCAGGAAACGACAUGGGAAGCGAUAGCAAUAACUAGACCUGAGAUCGCAGAGACCGUCAGAGAUGGGUGAAGGCCUGGGAUAGCUCAGUGACACUCAGCCCAGGAGAGGGGCCGGCACGUUUCAUGAAAAGUGUGAAUAAUGCCGGAGAGGCCAAUUAGAACAAGACUGAGAGAAGGUUAGGUAAUUAUAACCCAAAAUAUAAAGUAAAUAUCCAUGAGUCCAUACUGAUAUAAACAAAUGCUCGAAAAAAUAAAUGAAUAGGGGAGAAGAAACAAACCCCCCAUGCAGAAGAAUUCCAAGUAACUUAUGUAGAUACUCCCUCCUCGAGGGGAGCACAAAAUCUCCACCUCCUAAGCGUGGACUGCUUACAGUUAGUGAUUUCUUCCCAUAGAGGUCAGAGUGGAAGGUCAGGGCUGGGGACCUUAAAAACACCACCCCGGCCAGGUGUUCCAGGCUCACAUCACUAGUCAUAAACCAUAUUGAUUAUCUACCCUUGAUAUGGUGUGAUGAAAAUGAUACUUCACCUCUGUAGUCUUCCUGCCCAAAUCCAUAGCUCCUGUCUAAUCAAGAUGCAAACAUCAAAUUCUAAUAGGGGGCAUCCUACAAAACACCUGACCAGCCCUCCUCAAAACUCAGGCUCAUCAAAAACAAGGGAAGUCUGAGAAACUCAGGGCAAGAGAAGCCUGGGGUGACAUAAUGACUCAAUAGAGUGAAGUGUCCUGGAUGUGGUCCUCGAACAGAAAACGUCAUUAGGUAAAAGCCGGGGAAAUCUGCAUGCACUAUGGAUUUGAGUUAAUGAUAAGGUAUCAAUAGUUCAGGUUUUUUUCUGGUUUUUAAGUAAUUUGUUUAUAGUACUGCAUUUACAAAGAGAAUAGUGCACCCAGUAGAAAGAAUUAAAAUGUAUUUGGGGUUUUAUUUUUAACUGACUGCAAAUAGAAAUCCUUUAGUGACAUCAUGGCAAUUUGACAGUUAUGAUUAAGUUCAAUAAAGGUACAUGGGGUACUUGGAAGAUCAGAUUCUAGCUGCUUCUUUCUAACAGCCUCUGAUUCAUCUGGCUCUUAAAUGAUACGGAAUAAAGCCCUUAUUUGGUGAGGAAACAUUUCCAAAAUGAACUUUUAGGUUCUCUCUUAAUAAUUUUCUUCUGUCAGUUGUUAAAAAUAGGACUUUCUGUGUCUGUGUGUGUUGGUUAUUUCACCUCAGUGUCUUCACCCGAAUUCCUAUAACUUCACAGUUGUGAUUUUACAAUGUAGAAAAAAAUUCAGUUGUUGUAGUCUGCUAUUGCUUUAGAUGUACAUAUCGCUGAAAACCCAAAGUAGAUUAGAAUUGCUAAAGGAUUUCCCUGCCAUUGUUUGAUGUAGUCUGGUUUCUUUAUUCCUUUUUUUAAAAUUUUAUUGAAGAAUAGUUGAUUUACAGUGUUGUGUUUAAUUUCUGUUAUAUAGCAAAGUGACUAUUACACAUGUAUUUACAUUUUUUUCAUAUUCUUUCCCAUUAUGGCUUAUCACAGGAUAUUGAAUAUGGUUCCCUGUGCUAAGCAGUAGGACCUUGUUGUUUAUCCAUCCUAUAUAUAAUAGUUGGCAUCCGCUAAUCCCAAACUCCCAAUCCUUCCUUCCCCCGGCCCCCUCCCCCUUGGCAACCACAAGCCUGUUCUCUAUGUCUGUUAGUCUGUUUUUGUUUUGUAGGUAAGUUCAUUUGUGUCAUAUGUUCUCUUU